UUAACACCGCCUUGCGCUGCUUUGGUCUCCCUGUGGUUUUGUUUUGGUUUUUUUAUUAAGAGGGAGAGAGAGGAGUUGUGGCGAUUAAGACAGGGAUUUUCAUAUUUUGAGCCCAGUAGCUUUCCCGGAGAGUGUUACAUGCAAUCCUCAGUAGCAUCUCUACCAAAACGCUUUUAAUUUAUUUUUUCCACAGCUCCUUGCAGGCUGAAGUGUCAACAGCAAAUAUUAGCCAUGUAUAGUCAUAGAGACGUAUAGCAUUGAAUCAGGCCGAUCGGCCCAUGAUGUAUAUGCUGACCAAGUACACUGAUCCCAUUACAGUACUCUGCCAUGGCAUUUUAAGGUGCUUUUUAGAUGUUUUGAGGGUAAUGUCCCUACCUCAGGACUAGGGGAUCCAGGCUCCAGAAUGUCAUAGCACGGUGAUUGAAAAACAAAAGUCUACUUUUUUUGUCUUUUCUUUCACUUCUAAGGACACUUUUGAGAAUUUGGAUUAAUCCUGAAACACUGAAGUUGGAGCAUUGUACUCAUACCCCUCACUGUGUUGCCCCUUAUUUUAGCGACCCUCCAGGAAUUAGCAUUAAUCGACCCCGUCACUGUCCCGAAAGAGGUUGAAGUGUCCAUGUGCCAGUUUCUGUGAGCGUAUCCCUGGCGGUUUAACUAUUUAGCUUUCUACCUCCUACUUUCUGUUUUUUUGCGCCUGUUUUUUUUUUACAUAAUUCAUAAGCAGAAAUGUUGAAAGGGGAUGGAAGGUGGGCUGGUUUUAUUUGCCAAUCGGCCUGUAAUUUUCCCUCCUGGGUUUUGCUCCCUGCCGUCCCCGAGGCGAAUGCACGACUCCCGGACACCCGGAGACAGUGUCCAGCGUGAACUGGGGGGUGACCGCAGGCUCCCUGAGCUCUGGGCCGGCUACCCGGGCUGCAGGGGCGGGAUAAGUGUUGGAGGACAGACCGGCCCGGAGCCAAUCGGUAGGAAGGUGGCACUGAGACCUGCAUUCUGCGGGAUGCUGGAAUUACUGGUGUUCAGUAAAGUUCAGCAUUGUCCAGUCCUUUAAUCAGGCCCGAUUGCUAGAGACCGAGGGAGUCACUCUCAACGUUUUCCUCCCCUCCCGAACAGACCAAAUCAGCUUCCAAGCCUGUUACUGUCCAGCUGGAGUGGGAUAAAUCGGAGGGAUUCAGACACCCAGAGAAGCCCAGAGGGUUUAUCCUGGGUUAAUUCACCAGCAUGAUGUCCUAUAUGAAGCAACCCCACUACGCAGUUAACGGACUGACACUCACUGCCCCUGGUAUGGAUCUCUUACACUCCGCAGUGGGCUAUCAAACCACUCCAAGGAAGCAGCGCAGGGAGAGAACGACCUUCACAAGAGCGCAGCUCGAUAUUUUAGAAGCUCUCUUCGCCAAGACCCGCUACCCUGACAUCUUCAUGCGGGAAGAGGUAGCUCUGAAGAUCAAUCUACCCGAAUCCAGGGUUCAGGUUUGGUUUAAGAACCGUCGGGCGAAAUGCCGGCAGCAGCAGCAGCAGAGCAGCGGCCAGGCGAAAACACGGCCCGCUAAAAAGAAGACCUCUCCAAGCCGGGACACCAGCUCCGAGACCAAUGGCAACGGCCACUACAGUCCGAACCCGCCAGGGACGGUGGGCACUGCCAGCUCUAUCUCCAACGCCAGCGUCUCCAUCUGGAGCCCGGCCUCGAUUUCUCCCAUCCCGGAUCCGCUCUCCUCCUCCACCGCCUCCUGCAUGCAGCGCUCCGCUGCCUACCCCAUGACCUACAGCCAGGCCCAGGGAUACAACCAGAGCUAUGCCGGCUCCUCACCGUACUUCAGUGGCUUGGACUGCGGACCGUACCUGUCCCCCAUGCACCCCCAGCUGUCCGCCCCGGGGUCUGCCCUCAGCCCCCUGGGCACCCCGGCCAUGGGCGGACCCCUGAGCCAAUCCCCGGCCUCCCUCUCAGCUCAGGGCUACGGCUCGGCCAGCCUGGGCUUCAACACCGUCGAGUGCCUGGAUUACAAGGACCAGACCUCCUCCUGGAAGCUGAACUUCGGCCCCACUGACUGCUUGGAUUACAAGGACCAGACCUCCUGGAAGUUCCAGGUCUUGUAGGGCCAGUGGGCGAGAGGCUUGGGCGAGACCCAACGGCCGUUUCGAGGUGGCCGGGGGAGGGGAGGAGGGGAGGCUCACUAGGCAUCAGCAAACACAAUCACCGACCGGGUUUGGCAUGGGGACGUUGGUGGAGGUGGGGGGGGGUACUGUCAUCUAUUUCACCAUCAGCAACAUCCAAUAGCACGGCUGGGGUGGGCAGAAGGAAGGAUUUCUACAUUAAAAACCAAACGUGGGGGAAGGGAGGGGGGGGCGGCGCGGAUGUGAAUUCACCAAAUGGAACGACUUUGCAAAAACUUCAACCAGGAGAGAAAUGUUCUCCUUCAGUGACAUUUCUCCGCCCCCCCCACCCCGAUCUUGAUAAACUCUUAUUUGUGACCCCGGGGGUGGCGUGGGAUUAACGAACUGGGGAGGGAAGCCGCGGUGAGAGUGUAUUUGAUUUUGCAUUUCUUUUACAUUAUUGUUGGGAAGGUGUGCAUUUGAACAUCCAAUCACCUGGGACAGCACAUCCCCUAACCCUUUGAUCCCCCCACCUUUGAAAAUACUGCGGGCUUUCUGUCAGGGAGUGGGUUUUGGGAAUCUCUAUAAAGAGGUGAUCCAAUUCCAGAGACAGUGGACACAUCUGACCACAUUACCCCAAGACCACCACACUCUCUCUCUCUCUCUUUUUGUGUUUUCUCCUUUAAACUUUCUUUUUGGGAAUUUAAAUGAGGAAACCGCCACAUUUCGAACCUGGUUCCCAUGGAAUAGCCCUUUGCUUUUCAGUUGACAGAAUGGAGUGACUGUGUUCAGCCUGUCUCUGUAGAACAGAGCCAAGGGCUCCUCACCCUCUCUGCUUUGCAGGAGGAGGACUGGGAGUCUGUAUUCAACCUAGAACCACUUUCUGUCGCACAGUUUCGAGGUAUUUACCCUCGAGAGGGUUAUAACGGUGAUACACAUCAUAGAGAGGGAGGGAUAAUUCUUUCAUGGCAAACCUACCUCAUUGUCCAUGGUCCAGAGGUUGUGUAUGUCUGUGGGUGUGUCUGGGUGUGGGUGUGUCUGGGUGUGUGGUUCUGGGUUUGUGUGUGUGCCUGUGUGAG